AGAGCCGGAGACCCAAUUCCCUCCGACUCCGCGGGAGCCCGUUGUGGCCGCGGCCCCGCAGCCGCCCCGGGAGGGUCUUGAGUUUCCUGCUCGCUGCUCGGCUCUCUUUGCAGGAAGGAAUUUUCCCGGGCGCCUGAUGGAGGGCAAGAUAGCCCCAGUCCCUUGGAGUAGGCAGCCAGCGAGGCUGCGGAGGGCCUGCGGAGAGGUGAUGGGAAAAUUGGGGAAUUUGAAGAGGGAAAUUUUGAAGAUAGGAAAAUUGAAGAGACACGUGUAGGGGGCAGAGUGGUGUUUUGUUUUGGGGUUUUUGUUUGUUUGUUUGUUUGUUUGUUUAAGGCGUCGGAUGUAAAUUUGCGUUCUGGUUUUACCUGCUGUGUUGGGGCUCAAACUCUAGGCUCCUUUAUUUUUCUCUCCUUCCUCUGCCCAAGGUUGAACUCGCCUUACACUUGUAACCUGUGGCUUUCCCUACACACCCCUGCAAGCCGACCUGUGCAGACUAGCACAUUCAGAACCCUGCCUUCCUCCUUCACCUAAAAAACAAACAAAACUGUUUUAUUUUGACGUAAUUUCGCUUACAAAAAACUUGCCCUUGCACUUGACAUGACCUCUUCCACUUGACACGAUUGGCAGAAAGUCUUAAAUGCUCCAUCUGUGCUCUCCCUUGUAAUAAUAAGAUCAGAGUGUUGCUUGAGAAAAUAUAUAGGGUAAAAAAACAUUAAAAAAGCAUUUUUGAAUUAAUUCACCAGUGAAUGCAUGUCUUUUGUGUGCAGGGCAGGGUGAUGAGCAGUGAGAGUGAGGGCUCAGGUAGAGGGAAAGGAGAUGGGCCCAGGAGGUGAUGUAAUUUGCCAGAAUACUUGGAGCCUUAUUUUCUGUGUUGCCCAGUGCAGCUCACACUGCUGAUCUCCUCUUGUAGGUUCUUAGAGGAAUUGCACUUUGAGCUUCCUAGCAGCAAGUGCCAAAAGUUCCUAAUGGUCAGGCUCUCAUAAGAUUUUUUGUUUUGGGGCGCUUGGGUGAUUCAGUCGGUUGAGCAUCCAACUUCAGCUCAGGUCACAAUCUCACGGUUCAUGAGUUGGAGUCCUGCGUCGGGCUCUGUGCUGACAGCUCAGAGCCUGGAGCCUGCUUCAGAUUCUGUGUCUCCCUCUCUCUCUGCCCCUCCCCACUCAUGCUCUCACAGUCUCUCUCUCUGUCUCUCUCAAAAAUAAAUAAACAUUUAAAAAGAUUUUAUUUUGUUUUGUUUUCAGCGUUCAUUUAAAAGCAGUAAAAUUUCCCAUAGUCUAGGUUUCUGGUUUAUCUGGAAAAAUCAGAUGAUCUGGCAGCACAGGGCCUACUUUUCCACCUGGAACUGAGCAGUGGUCACCCCUUCUCUCUAGGGCAUGUGACCCCAAAUUUGUCCCAUCUCUUGUUGUAGUUACCCCUAACCCCCUUCAGUGAUGGACCUUAUGUGCUGACCCCUGCAGGCUUUGGACUUAAUGGCCACUGUGCUAAUGGAGAAAAGGAGAGGCCAGACAGUCUCCAACUGGUUGUGUCCAGAAGUUAAAGGAUUAGAGGCUCCAGUCAUCGGAGAGGUUCACGAGAACGUUACUCUGCACUGUGGCAACAUCUCGGGACCAAGGGGCCUCGUGACCUGGUACCGGAAUGACUCGGAGCCUGUCUUCCUCCUGUCCUCCAAUUCCAGCUUCCGGCCGGAUGAGCCGCGCUUCUCUCUGGCCAAUGCCAGCUCGCUGCACAUCAAGGCACUGAGGCUGCAGGAUGAGGGGAACUACACCUGCCGGGAGGUCCUGAAUGAGACGCGGUGGUUCCGAGUGUGGCUGCGGGUGGCCCGCGGUCCCUAUGAGGUUGAGGUCAACAUCUCCAGCACCGGCACGCUCCCCAAUGGCACCCUCUAUGCAGCCAAAGGCUCCCAGGUGGACUUCAGCUGCAGCAGUCGCUCUUGGCCUCCGCCAGUGGUUGAGUGGCAGUUCCGGGCCCCCGAUUCCAGCACUGAGCCCUUCGGAAACAACCUGACGGUCAGCAGCUUCAUUCUGCUGCUCAUGUCACAAAACCUCCAAGGGAACUACACGUGUUUGGCCACGAACACGCUCAGUGGGAGACAGCGGAAGGUGACCACCGAGCUCCUGGUCUACUCACCCCCUCCGUCAGCCCCUCAGUGCCGGGCAGAGAUGUCACAAGGACAGCUCACACUGCAGCUCACCUGUCGCUGGGAUGGGGGAUACCCAGACCCGGACUUCCUAUGGACAGAAGAGCCAGGAGGUGUGGCCGUGGGGACGUCCAAGCUGGGGGUGGAGAUGCUGAACCAGUCCCAGCUGUCAGAUGGCAAGAAGUUCAAGUGUGUCGGGAGCCACAUAGUGGGACCGGAGUUGGGAGCCAGCUGUGUGGUGCAGAUCAGGAGUGCCUCCCUUGUCUCUGAGCCCAUGAAGACUUGCUUCGUGGGGGGCAAUGUGACGCUCACCUGCCAAGUGUCUGGAGCCUACCCCCCUGCCAAGAUCCUGUGGCUGAGGAACCUCACCCAGCCCGAGGUGGUCAUCCAGCCCAAUGGCCACUAUCUCAUCACCCAGAAUGGCCAGAGCUCCACACUCACCAUCCGCAACUGCUCCCAGGUCCUGGAUGAGGGCUACUACGUCUGUCAGGCCAAGAACCCCGUGGGGGUGCGGGAGGUGGACAUCUGGCUGAGUGUGAAAGAACCUUGGAAUAUUGGUGGGAUUGUGGGCACCAUCGUGAGCCUCCUUCUGCUGGGACUGGCCAUUAUCUCAGGGCUUAUGUUGUAUUAUAGCCCUGUGUUCUGCUGGAAAGUAGGAAACACUUUCAGGGGGCAAGACAUGGGUGAUGUCAUGGUUUUGGUGGAUUCAGAAGAAGAGGAAGCAGAGGAGGAAGAUGUGGCCGAAGAGGAGGAAGAAGAGGAGGAGGAAGCAGAUGAGAGGGAGGAGUCGCCAAAAGAAAUACAUAAGCAUGGCCACAUCCAUAGAGUGACCGCACUGGUGAAUGGGAACGUAGACUGGAUGGGGAAUGGACUCCAGGCUCUGCAAGAUGACAGCAGCGAGGAGCAGAGUGACAUCGUUCAAGAAGAUAGGCCAGUUUGAAGAAGAGAACUGUCCUUCAUUAUCCUGUCUUGAAAGCUUUGACUUGACUCACACCCCUGCCUGAGGACUUAAAAUGGUUUGGGACUCUCAGCAAAAAAGAAAAACACACACACAUAUAUUUCCUGCCCCCCUCCCUUUUUUUCCCUAAAUCGGUUGACUUGCUGUAAGUUUUCUCAUUGAUGUUAAAAAGUAUCAGGAACGGGCAGUAUGGGGGGGAAAGUUGCAUUCGGCAUCUGAGGUGCCCCUUUUCACUGUGACUUCUGGCUUUAUCCAGCUUGACUGAUGCUGAUCUGGGGGGAGGCACUUGAGCUCUGUGCUCAGGGCUCUCAGUGCACCAUGAAAGGUCAGUGAUCAGCUUGCCCCAACACACAAGGGAAUAAUGUGGGGUCAUGUCCCAGGUAAGCUGGAGAUCCAGGUGGACGUCACCUCCCUGGAAAAGGUGAGGAGAUGUCAGUUGCCGAUGCUAGUCAGAGGGAGGCAGUUUGGCUCAGGUUUUGGAGGCUUGAAUCUGGGCCCUGUUUCUUGUUUCAUGGGCUCGGGCACGUUGCUUUACCUCUCCCCGGGACCUCAGUUUUCCUCAUCUACCAAAUAGGUGGAAUCAUACCGGCCGUACAGGGUACGGUGGGUCCUAAAUGAGGUACUUGUGGGUGUGAAAGUGCCCAGGAGGUGUUCAGUAGAUGUUGGUUAUCUUCUCUUUUGCCCUCCCUGGUGGAAGAAACAAGGUCAACUGUAAAUUACAA